AUGAGAGUGGAGGUGACCACCUUCGCUCCUCUCUCCCCCACCUCAAACACAAGCGCGGUAAAAUACACCACCUUUUCCCCUGUGGACUACGUGGUCUUCAUCCUGCUGCUGGUUUUCUCCCUUGCCAUUGGGCUCUACCAUGCCUGUCAUGGCUGGGGCCGGCACACCAUUGAUCAGCUGCAGAUGGCGGACCGCAAAAUGGGCUGCCUUCCCGUAGCGCUAUCCCUGCUGGCCACCUUCCAGUCCGCAGUGGCCAUCCUGGGGGUGCCGUCCGAGAUCUACCGAUUUGGGACUCAGUAUUGGUUCCUGGGCUGCUCCUAUUUCCUGGGGCUGCUGAUCCCUGCACACAUCUUCAUCCCUGUCUUCUACCGUCUGCAUCUCACCAGUGCCUAUGAGUACCUGGAGCUCCGAUUCAAUAAGAUUGUGCGGGUUUGUGGGACCAUCACCUUCAUCCUUCAGAUGGUGAUCUACAUGGGCGUUGUGCUCUAUGCACCCUCACUGGCGCUCAAUGCAGUGACUGGCUUUGAUAUUUGGCUGUCAGUGCUGACCCUAGGCAUUGUCUGUACUGUCUACACUGCUCUGGGUGGGCUGAAGGCAGUCAUCUGGACAGAUGUGUUCCAGACACUGGUCAUGUUCCUAGGGCAGCUGGCGGUUAUCAUUGUGGGGUCGGCCAAGGUGGGCGGCUUGGAGCGAGUGUGGGAUGUGGCUUCCCAGCAUGGCCUUAUCUCUGGGAUCGAGCUAGAUCCGGACCCUUUUGUGCGGCACACUUUCUGGACGUUGGCCUUCGGGGGUGUCUUCAUGAUGCUCUCCCUGUAUGGGGUGAACCAGGCGCAGGUGCAGCGCUAUCUCAGCUCCCGCACGGAGAAGGCUGCUGUGCUCUCCUGCUAUGCCGUCUUCCCGUGCCAGCAGCUGGUGCUCUGCAUGAGCUGCCUCAUUGGCCUGGUCAUGUUCACCUACUACAAGGAGUAUCCCAUGAGCGCCCAGCAGUCUGCAGCAGCGCCCGACCAGUUCGUGCUGUACUUUGUGAUGGAUCUCCUGCGGGACCUGCCCGGCCUGCCCGGGCUCUUCGUUGCCUGCCUCUUCAGCGGCUCCCUCAGCACCAUAUCCUCUGCUUUCAACUCACUGGCAACUGUUACGAUGGAAGACCUGGUUCGACCCUGGUUCCCUCAGUUCUCAGAAGCCCGGGCCACCAGGCUUUCCAGAAUUCUUGCCUGUAGCUAUGGGCUGCUUUGUCUGGGAAUGGCCUACAUCUCCUCCCAGAUGGGACCAGUGCUGCAGGCAGCCAUCAGCAUCUUUGGCAUGGUUGGGGGGCCGCUGCUCGGACUCUUCUGCCUUGGGAUGUUCUUUCCCUGUGCCAACCCUGCUGGCGCCGUGGUGGGCCUGUUGGCUGGACUCAUCAUGGCCUUCUGGAUCGGCAUUGGGAGCAUAGUGACCAGAAUGGGCUCUAGCGUGGCACCCCCGCCCCUGAAUGGGUCCCACUUUUCCCUGCCCGGCAACCUGUCCACCAUUGCCAUGACCACGCCGAUGCCCUUGACCCCCCUCUCCAGGCCCACCGGACUGCAGCGGCUCUACUCCCUGUCAUACCUGUGGUACAGCGCCCACAACUCCACCACCGUCAUCGUGGUGGGCCUGCUCGUCAGUUUCCUCACUGGGGGAAUGCGGGGCCGGACCUUGGACCCUCGGACUAUUUACCCAGUGUUGCCAAGACUCCUUGCCCUCCUGCCUGUGUCCUGGCAGAAGCGACUUCACUGCAAAAGCCACAGCCAGGACUUCUUUGGGGACCCCACAGGGCUCCCCGAGAAGAUGAGUAAUGGGAUGCUGAAGGGCAUCAGAGACAAGGAGGCUGUGGCAGAGUCUGAGGAAGACCCAGUCCACUCAGGGAGCAGCCCCACCUUCGUCGUCCAGGAGACCUCGCUGUGA